AUGUCACCGUCAACACCGACGGACUUUGGCACCUUCCCCCCGCCCCUCACCCGCUCCUCCACCCUGCCGACGGCCCUCAGCACCGGCACCACCAACAGCAGCACGAACAACAGCACCACCAACUUCCAGCGCCAAGACCGGUCCCGUCUCGCGCCCGAGGAUGCUUUCCUAGCCACCUCCCCGCCGCGCCGACCGGUGCCCUCCUUCCCCGAUGUCUCUGCCGGUGCAGACCACCGCGCCGCCCGCGCACGCCUCCGUCACAGCGCCGCCGCCGGCGACCGUUCGCGCUCUCGCCGGAGUCGCAAGCGGACGUGGAAGAAGCUGAUGUGGGUGAAGCAGAGCUAUCCGGACAACUACACGGACCAGAACACGUUCCUCGAGAGCCUCCAGCGCAACCCACGCCUGCAACCCUACGACUUUUGGCCCCUCGUCGCCGACUCCACCGUCAUUGUCCAGCACGUCUGCUCCGUCAUCCUCUUCAUCGUGUGCUUCGUCCUCAUAUCCCAGGAACGGGUGUCGCCCGUGUCCAUUGUGUCCUUUAGCAGCAUGGCGACGUUCCUGGGAUGGCUGCUAUGGGAGCGGUGGGAGGCCGACGAGGAGCGCAAGGAACUCGGCGGCGGCGGCGGUCUGGCGGGCAGCUCGACGGCCGCGGGCAGGAGGUUGGAGCCCAGUCGUCGGACGGGGAGCAUCAUGAGGCGCCCGCCGCUGCACGCCGACGACGGCGGCACCGCCUCCUCGACGGCCACGACGGCCACAAGCUCCGCGACAAACCUCUCCAGCAGCGCCGAGCGGCCUCGUCUGGCGCGGCACGCGCACUCUGCCUCUGCGAGCUCCCUCAUCUCCUCCACCUCGGCGACCUCGCAUUCGGUCUACCGCCACCACAGCCAGGAAGUCACGAGCAACAGCAGUAGCGGCAACCCCUUCCCCCUCCCGCGUCGCUCGUCGUUCCCGCUACCGGGCGACGACAACAGCCGUCUCAACCAGCGCCUCAGCACUGUCAAGAGCGCCAUCCUCAUCUACUCGACCCUCCUCGGCCUUUCGCCGAUCCUUAAGUCCCUCACAAAGUCGACGUCGAGCGACAGCAUCUGGGCCAUGUCCUUUUGGCUACUCACCAUCAACAUCUUCUUCUUUGACUACUCGGGCGGCGUCCGCGUCAACAUACCCGCCUCGCUGUCCACCAAUGCCGCGCUCAUGGCCUCGACGGUGCUCGCGUCCCGCCUGCCGUCCACGGGCCAGGUCUUCAGCCUCACGCUCUUCAGCAUCGAGGUGUUUGGUCUAUUCCCCGUGUUUCGGCGGUACGCGAGGCACCGGAGCUGGGGGUACCACUAUGCCAUGACAGUGUUCCUCGUCCUGGGGGCGGGCGCCGGCGUGGGCGUGAUUGUGGGUGAUAAUGGUGGUGGUGGUGGCACCUGUGCCGGGGUGGAAUGGUCCUGCUGGCCUUGGAAGAGCGCGGUCGCGGGCAUGGUUGUCAGCGUGCUCAUCUCGGCGAUUGCGAUGGGCGGGUGUAGUUGGUGGUUGAUUGGGUUGCAAAAGUACAAGAAUGAGAUUUAUGGGCCGUGGGAUCCGGCGAGGCCCAUCAUUAUGAGUCGCCGGCUUUGGGAUGAUGGGUAG